CACCCUGACAAAGACAAAACAAAGAUGAAUUACAAGAGCACAAGCAAAUAACACUACCGUAGGAAAAUGCAUCGUCUAUACCAAUCUCGAAAAAGACUGACCCAGUCCAUCGCAUCGGCAGCCACAGCCGAGGACAAACUUUUGGCGUCUAUGGCAGCAGAAAAACCUACUUCCGCCAAAGCAAGAGUGGAAGGGUUGGAGGCAUCUGUAUCAACAUCAGAAAAACUAUCGCCUUCCACACAUAAUCAAAAUAACACGAACAACGACCGGAAGAGGCAAUUAGAAGAACACGAUAAUCCUCAAGCUAAUAAAACGUCAGUAAUGACAGAAAGAAGCAGGGAUGUCGUUUUGAAUGGCGAUGAUAGCGGCGAUUCUUCUCUUGGUCCCCCACCCCACAAAAAGACGACGACCACCACGACGAUGGUGACUGACUCUCCACAAAGUAGAAACGCAGCUGAUGGCACUAUUUCUAGCACUGUUGCAUCGGAAAUGGCUGCUACCAUCACUCCCGGCGGCUGUGCUGAGAGCCCUGUCAAUAACAAGGGAAACAAAAACAAUGACAGCCAAGCCAUGGUGAUCGAUCUUGCCACGUCCAGAUCGUCUUCGCCCGGUCCACUCGAGGAUCAUUCCGAAGUCUGCAUCGUUGCUCCUCCACCACCGGGAUCCUUGCUUGAAAAUUGUACAACAAACGAAUCGAAUGGAGAUGACGACAACGAAGACGAAAUCCAGAUUGUCUCGUCCACAACAAUUAAUCCGAACAUUCAAUACCCCCACAAACGCACGGAUUGUGGAUUACACGACUUCCAAGCGGACCCCCAGAAAUUCUGUCGGAAAUGCUACUGCGUCGUGUGCGAUAUCCCCGCCAGCGAGUGCACGUACUGGAAGGAUCAUUGCUCGCUGACGCAGCGGCCGAGGGAUGAUAGUGAAAACGAGGACGGCUAUGGUGGCGAAAACGACUGUGACAAUAAUCCAGCGGACGACACGCUCCUCGAAUCGCCGACCGCUACGGCACGAAAUUACCAUCUCCAAGCACAAGGUCGAGCAAUGCCCGAACAGCAGCAGCAUUUACUGCACGAAGAGCAAGAACAACCAAUGUCCAUGUGGGAGAGGCAACGGGAGGAAGAUCGCGCGAGACAGGAGCGGCACGAAGAGACUGAUACUCGCAAUAUGUGCAUCGCCGAUGUAUUGGCCUUGAAAAUAAGUCGCACACUCCAGCUAGCAGAGCAACACUCGAAUCAGAGAGUAGAGCUUAAGUUGUCCGAGGGUGGUCGUGAAAAUAGCAGUGUAGAAAAGAACACAGCCAAUAAUUACUCACAAGGAGCUGCUGCUACCGCUGCUCCCGCCACCGCGUCGAAAGUUGGAAUCGUUCAGAAGAACGACAUGGAGGGAGACAUUCCGCAGCUGGGAUUKCACACGGCUUUUUUUGUCGAGGGCAUCAAAAUCGGUUGGCCGUUUCCUGAAAUCAUGACCCCCCAGCGACAGAUGGCUAUCCACAUAAUCAAGGCCCUGAAACGAAAACUGCACGUGGUAUUAGAAAGCCCCACAGGCACAGGGAAAUCUGUGGCAAUUUUGUGCUCCGUGCUGGCAUGGCAGCGCUACCAUAUCCAAACCACCACCGCCAUUGACGGCGGUAGCAAGGUGGUAACAGACCCAGUUUCAAUGGAAGAGGAAGAGGAAGAAGGAACACCAAGGAUCAUUUAUCUCUCCCGAACCCACUCUCAGGUCUCCCAGAUGGUCGCCAGCCUCAAAAAGACCCCGUAUCGACCAAAAAUGACCAUUCUAGGCAGCCGUGAACGUCUCUGCAUCCACAAGGAAGUCAUGAAUCGGAGCACUAACAAGCUACCCAUCAACAUGGCUUGCAAAGACCGCAGGAAGAACACCGACGCCGAACGUAGGCUUCGGAUAAAGCAUGAUAAAUAUUAUGACGACGACGAUCCAAAGCCACCACAGCACAACGGAGAUGGUGAUCCCUCCGAUCUACCAAACGACAACGAUGACGAGCACGACAGCAGCAACGUUGGUCGGCCCCAGAAACCCAAGCUCACAUGCCCACAUUACCGCCAGCUCACCUCAAAUCGGACCGCGCACAAAGUGGUUCGGCAGUUUAUUGGGGGUCACCGAAUUCAACAACACAAAGAUUCUUCUACUGCUAUUGACGGCUGCGGUUGCAGUAGUACCGUAGGAGGGGAGGAAUCUGCCUUUGGAAUCCAUGAUGUGGAAGACCUGGUCCGGUUUGGGAAAAAUCCGCAUAAGGAAGAAAACAUUGCAAUAUACCGAGGAGAAACGGGGAAGUUUGGCUUUUUGAUUAACAACAAUACAAACCCUCAAUCAGGGGAAGAAGUAAGGGGUUGCUACGUCGUAUCCCUUGUAGAGGGUGGCGCGGCCGCAUUCGAGGCGCGGCUGAGGAACGGGGAUCGCCUCUUAAAGGUUAACGGAAAAGACGUCCGUACCUGGAAUAAAAGAAGGGUUGUCGAGUUGCUGGCGCGUACGCCGAAGGACCAGCCCGCCCGCCUGGACGUCCUUCGGGACGAUGCGGAUACUCCAGAAAUUCUGGAUGCUCAACAAGAAGCCGAAACACAGGAAGAUCCAAAUGGACAAGAAUUGGGAGCAAGAUCUGGGAUGCAGGAGAACGAUAUCUAUUCCGACCAUUCAGUUUGUCCGUAUUACAUAUCUCGAACUCUGCACAAGCACGCCGAAAUAACAUUUUCACCCUACAAUUACAUCCUCGAUCCCAGUAUCCGUCGGAGUUUGAAUAUUAGUCUCAGAAAUACAGUUCUUGUCCUUGACGAAGCACACAAUGUCGAAUCAACGUUAUGCGAAAGU